AUGAAGCCCCUCAGAGGGGACAUGAGAGCAGAACCGGAGGAAGGAGAGCGUUCUAUCCGCUUCAUUAGAAAGAAUGAAAUCUAUGGUGACACCAGGCAUGAAGUGAACGUGUACGUUAAGCUGUUCUCCAACAGCCCAUUCCUGGUCUGCAUGGAUUUGGCUCUUUCUGAAGAACAAAUAAUAGAUCCCAAGUACCUGUGGAUUGGUCCAGAUGGAAAAGAUUUGAAAGGGCAAAUGUAUGUGCACAUGGCAGAGACAGGGAAGCUGAUGGUGAAGGGUUUCAGGGAGUGGAUGUCAGGUGCCUACACUUGCACUCUCUCCUACCAAAUCAUCAAGACUAUGACACAAGGAGAAACAGAAGUGGUUAUGGCCUAUAAAUUCAUGGUUUAUGCCUACAGGGAAGCUGACCAUGCCUACCUGGUGUUUGUUCGCUUCACCACGUCCCAGUGCAACCUCAGAGCCAACGACUUGUUCUUCGAGAAGCUAAAGAAGAUCCUGAACCAAGUCAUCUCCCACCUGACCUGUCAAGUCACUGAGUCCUCGUACAAGUGCCACUCCGUGAUGACACAAAAACUUGGCCUCCAGCACGAGCUCUUCGUUAGGUUUCAAGUGACUCCCUUUGUACCAGGAUGGAAAGAAGUUUGUUGCCUGGGUCCUUAUGACUGUGAGGAUGUGACAAACAAGAGAGCCCGAGAGGCAACAGAGCGGGUUGAGAGGUUUUUCCAGCAGCAGGAGGAUGUUCUGAAGCAGGAGUUCCCUGUUGUUCCCACCAUUCACUACGUGGAGAACAGCUUCUUCAGCAGUGCCAUAGACAGCUGCAGACCAGGCUUUGGGAAGGACCAGCUCAGCCACCAGGGCUGUGCCAGCUGCUGCGUGGUUUGUGGCCCUGGAACUUACAGCCCCAACAACGAGGUGACGUGUCGGAUCUGCGUGAGGCCUCAAGUCAGAAAAUAUGGAGCAAGGUCCUGUUAUUAG